AUGGGUGAAGAACUAAGGUCAUAUUUUUGGAUGACUACGCUUGAUAGCAACAACAGGAAGAAUGUCUGGGAUCCAGAGAAAAUUCUAGGUCCUCAAGGAGAUGCCCUACGACGAGAACACCAACUUUCAAUAAAUCAUAUUCUAGUCGAAGCAGAAACAAGAGAUAAUGAUCUAAAUAUUGUAGAAAUAGAAACGAUAGGUUAUAAAGAGCAACCUGUUAAAUUCCCGAUAGUAAUAAAGUUAGGGAAGCACACAGUGAUGCAGUUGAGCCUUUUUUUCCCAAAUCCACCAGUAUCAUUUUAUCUUGCAAGAGGCUCUGGGCCAGUGCAUUUGCUUGGUAACCAUUCUGUAAACAGCUCAGAUGAAGAAACUAUUAGAAAUACAGAUGGGUUAGAUCAAGAGGUAGAAUUUAUAGUAGUAGAUGAGGAUGAGGAUUCUGAGGGACAAGAAGAAAUCUUGGAAAGGAAUAAUGAGAAGAAUAACACCUGUAAUGUUUCACAGUCAAAUAUUACGAAGAUAAGGAAAAAGAAUAAUGAAUGA